CCCUUUGUUGUUUAUAGAUACUUAGCCCACUUGUGUUUCAUACAUAUAAAUAAUUGUGUAUAGGAAGAGCCGAGAAGAAAGUGAAUUCACCCAGUCAAGAUGAUGAAGAAGGUAGUCGACGUUGGUUUAUCCUAUGAUAACAAUGAACGUCAUUUCGAAUGACGACUUGAAAAAUAGCAGUCCACAGCAGAAGGCGUUGCAAUCGAAUCCCACAGUUGAGCCAAGUGAGGCCGAGACAUUCGUUCCACGCAUGGCCGACGCGAGUGACGACCAUCCAUUGAGGCCGCCUCUCUGGUACCUGGAGUUCAGGCAACUGCUGCGCCGGAAUCCAGAAGAGGCGGCCAGACGAUGGACUCGGCAUCUGGACGACAAGGAAAGAAUCGACAUUGUUUGGACUGCUGCUAAAAGUAUUCAUUUGGAUGUGCUCGAAUGGAGUUUGUUGUUGGAGAACCAAGCGACAAGAAAACGAUGGAUCGACGCCAACGAAUUGCGGGACGAAUCCGGUUUGUGUCUCCUGCACGAAGUGGCGUCCAAUAUCUACGUCACCGUACGCAAAUUGUUAGCCGUCUUCCAGUUGUUGAUCCAGCGGGUCGGAUGUCAAGUCAACGUCACAGAUCCCGACGGAUGGACCGUCUUGCACUACGUCUGCGGAUCUCACGUCAAACGCAACCGUCGCGGGCGCCAAAUGUACAUCUGCCUGUUGAAACUUUUAGUCGAGUCCGGAGCAGAUGUUACUAUCGAUUUUGAGGGAAUCACUCCACUUCAUUUGGUUCACGAAUCUCCCUGGGCUAUCAGGUACUUGCUGUUGAACACUCCAGCCAGGGCUGACAUCUCGGAUACCUUCCAACGGACGCCUCUCAUAUGGAUUUUACGAAAUCCUCACCUUCCGCCUGUCCGACGCAUUCCAGUCUCCAUUUUCCGCGGGCGAAUGGACUUUACCGAGGCGGAUUACAUGGGCCAUUCCUUGAUUCACUACGCCGUUCUUCGCGCCCAGUCUGACAAACUGGACGACACGCUGCGACUUAUCAAGCGACUUGUUGACAUUGGCGCAGACGUCAAUCAUCGAAACAAACGACUUCGUACCCCAUUAUUUUUUCUCGUUCACAAGCCCGACAUGCGCCAACUGGCGGAAUCGCUCAUCCAGCGAUUUAAUGCUGAUGUUAACAUCGUCGACGCCGACGGUUUCACCGUCGUUCAUAUUGCAGCUAUCCUGGGAAAAUUGGAUUACGUCGCCUUGUUCUUGCCUUACCUGAAAAGGAACGUGCGUACCAUCAACGGCGAAACGGUUCGCACUUGUCUGGAACAGUACUGCGAUCCUUCGGCUAUGACUCCCGAACUGCAGAAUGAACUGGCCUUACUGGAAAGCAAAAGUGAAUUCAGAGCCAAGCGGGAAUAUGUCGAGCCGUACACAGUUUGGAAUUACGUCCAUCAAAUGGAUCGAUUUAGGGGUCUCCUGUCGCUUUACAUUGUGGACACCUUUAUCCGGUAUCGAGGAGGUCGGUCGUUAUUUACUGACUUUUUCCACCAUAUCAGCCACAGCGCAGCGAUUAUACAAAGAGCAAAAGAUUUCUUGACCCACAUUUCCAAGUGGAACGGAUCUUCGCAAAUUUUACUGGAUAUAAUCGAUCAGUACUCGGUCGUUAUUCAGGACGACGCUUCCCAAAGUCAAAAUAUGUCUAUUGAAGUAGAAGAAUCUACCCAAAUUGCUAGAUCUGUUCAUCAGAUAGUCCUGAAAUUGAUGGAACAAAUUCGGAUUAAAGAUGCUCAAAAUACCAAUUUCGGUUGGAAAUUGGACGUUUUGCCCGUGGGAAGCUCCGUCGAUGGCAGUAAAAUUCUCCUGCCGGAUGAAUAUGAUUUCCUUGUUGUAUUCCGCCGUUUCGAGACCCAAAACAAGUUGGUGUCUAUCGGAGAGGAUUACGUGGAUCAAGUUGAAAAAUUUCGGCUCUAUUUGAUUCAAUGCAUGCAAGAAAUGGACCAACAGUUGGCCGGAGAGGAACUUGGAUUUCAGUUUGUCGAUUCCGAAAUGCGACGGGUCUGUCUCAACAUUCGAUUGACUUGGCGGGGUAAACAAUUGUCAAAAAACAGUGUUUUUCGCGGUUUAGCCAUUAGCGUCGAUUUGACGCCAGUUUUCCACUUCAUCGGAUGGGAAAAUCAAAGUGGAUUUCGACCACUUCGCCCGCUAGAGUCGCUGCCCCUAUGGUUUCAACGCGAUCAAACUGUUGAACAUUUUCGACCGCUUCAUAAUUGCCUGACAAUACCUCCGUGCGCUGCGACGAUGGAGGCCCGCUGUCUGAGUCAUUCAUCUCACUGGCUGUUUCAAUAUUGUCUAAAACUUUUGAAACUGAUUGUCCAGAGUGAAUGCAUCAUCCAGGACGAACCUACACCCAAUUCGCAUUUUCUGAAAGUGGCUCUACUCAAAUACAUCGACGAAAAAGGUCCCCCAGUCCAACAUCAAGACGUGGCCCGAUAUGUGGCAGGAAUCUGCCGCAAAUUGCAGGACACGGACUGGCGUUUCAGAAUUGAUGAUUUUGUAGCUGAUGUCUUGAUGCCCUCGCCUGUCGUUACUUUCAAGAAAGAACUUUUAUCAAUUUUGGAUAGAACUUGUUGUUCUUCUUUUUUAUUCCAUGAUUGUACUUUACUUUAACUGUUUUCAUGUUGUAAUCGAAUGCGCAUUAUAUAAAAGGGUGAUAUAUUUUUUCGGUCCUUUGUUGGUUUUGAGAUUCAUUUGGGCAUUUAGUAUUUUCUAUCUUGUCAAGUUGCCAUGAUUGAUAAAAUUAUCUGUGUGUAUCAAUACGCCUGCAUCAAAGUCUUGUCAAAUAGUUAUUGGUUAUAACUGGAUAAAUCUAUGUAAAACACGUA